CUGCCCGCCCCCAAUCCCGCGCGGUGCCCGACGCUCCGAGCACCUGCUUGUCCCGAGCGCGGAGCCCCUCAGCUUCGCGGGGAGCAGCCAGGCGCCCGCUUCCGGAAGCGCGCACGGGCCAGUCGCUUCGGCCCAUCUGCCAGGGCGGCUAGGGCUCAGCGGGAGGGUUGAGGCUGAAUCACGCGCAGCCUGCGGGCGGCAGAAACGUCCCAGAGCCUAGCCGCCCCGGGCCCGGGCCGCUUCCUGGGAGAGGAUUGCAUCUUCUCUCCGCUCCACUUGACUUUCUUCCGGCAGGAGCGGGUCUCUCAGGAUCGGGCCAUAAGCUGGAAGAGUUCAGCCCCAUGGCUGGGGGUUAUGGAGUGAUGGGUGACGAUGGUUCUAUUGAUUAUACUGUUCACGAAGCCUGGAAUGAAGCCACCAACGUUUACUUGAUAGUUAUCCUUGUUAGCUUCGGUCUCUUCAUGUAUGCCAAAAGGAACAAAAGGAGAAUUAUGAGGAUAUUCAGCGUGCCACCUACAGAAGAAACUUUGUCAGAGCCCAACUUCUAUGACACGAUAAGCAAGAUUCGUUUAAGACAACAACUGGAAAUGUAUUCCAUUUCAAGGAAGUACGACUGUCAGCAACCACAAAACCAGGCUGACAGUGUGCAGCUCUCGUUGGAAUGAAACCUCAGAAAAUGAGCAACAUAAGUAAUUGUUGCAAGCUCCUAAUUCUUUCUACUAAAUCAUGAACAGCUUUAAAAACAACUUCUGUCUGCAUAAAAUUAUUUUACUUGUGACUUUUUCCCAACGGUUUGUGCGUUUUGCUUUUUUAAAUUGCAUCUCCAAGUCAUUGUUAGGUAAAUACAGAUGGCUCAGAAGACCUUGAUACAGAAAGCCUGCACAUAUCAAGGAUCUAUGUAACCAGUGAUGGUGACUUCACCUUGCAAAGACCUCUGAUUCCUUCAGGAUACAAUCAGAAAUAAAAACAUAUCUUGGGAAGCGGGAAUCCUGGAGUUUAUGCCACUGUGAUUAGAACAUUUUGCAAUAUUAAAAAAUAAAAAUGCAGCCAUUGGAAUAAC